CAAGCAGCCUUCACCACCAGAAGCAGACACAGCCUUGCCCACAGGCUCCACUUCAGACUCCAACACGCAUCAGAGAGCAAGGAGGCAGCCAGUCCCAGGGACCAGAGGAGGCACCGAGUGCCCCGCAUCAUGCCCACCCCUCUCCACAGGGCCCACUUGCCUCUCUCCCAGCUGCUGGUGUUGCUACUUUUCCUCUCAGGAACCUCUGAGCAGAGCAACAGAAAUGAGUGGCAGAUGCUGCAACCCAAGGGUCCCAUGCUGGUGGCAGAAGGUGAGACACUCCUACUGAGGUGCACCAUGACCGGCUCCUGCAUUGAUGCCAUGGUAAAAUGGGUCAAGGUGAGCAAUCAGACCCAGCAGGAAAUUUAUAACUUCAAACAUGGCUUCUUCCCUGGGGUGACACCCAUGAUCCAACAGACUUUGGAGCCACUUAAUUGCGACUAUUCCAUCUAUAUUCAUAAUGUCACCAGGAAGCAGGCAGGAACCUACCACUGUGUGAGGUCUGAUGGCUCACGUGAGCACUCAGAAAUGCAGCUGGAUGAGGGCACGUCGGUGCUGGUGAAGGGAGCUGGAGACGAACAGCCAAGCCUCUGGAUCAUCCAGCCCCAGGAGUCAGUGUUGGCAACCCCUGGAGAUACUGUCUUCCUGAACUGCACAGUGGUUGGAGGUGGCCCUCCUGGCCCCAUCAGGUGGUUUCGGGGGACUGGUUUGAGCCGGGAAGCCAUUUACAACUUCGAGGGCAUCUCCCAGCCCAAUGUGACUGCGGUCCAGGCCUCCAACAGUGAUUUCAGCAUUCUUCUGCGAGGUAUCUCCACAGACUAUGCAGGCACCUACUAUUGUGUAAAGUUUCAAAGGAAAUUCAACAGGCAAUACCUGUCCGGACAGGGAACCAGGCUGAGAGUGAAAGGUAGAAACUGGCAGACUCAUCCGGGUGACCCCAGCUCCAAACACAGGGCUCAGAAAAUAGUGGGACAGAAAGAAAAAUGGAAUUCAAGACCACCUGUCUCCCUUGCAGCAAAGCCCACUUCUCCCCAAGAGCCAGAAGUCAUCGAUCAACCUGUAGCAGGGAGAUUUCUGCCAGGCCUCCUGUCUUUGCUCACAGUUGUCGUCCUGGGACUGAAGGCUGUGACCUUGGUUGCACUCCUGCUAGCCCUGGCUGCCUGCAGGAAAAGAAGCCCUGGGCAAGAAAACUUCAAAACCCCAUGCCUGGCAAAGCUAUGCUCAUCUUAGUGUGGGAGCAUGGGACAUGGGUAAGGGGUCAGCUCCAGAGUGGUCCUCUGAAUCAGAGAGGGGCCAGGGCUCCCCAUUUCUCUGCCUCCAAUACCAGGCUUCAGAUGCCCCCCAGGGCUCAUGACAAACUCCAGAAGCCCCACUCCUGGUUUCGGUUCACCUGGUGAGAUACCCUGCUAGGCACAGGGCUGCCCUCUGUUUCUUCUCCUUGUCCUUCAAGGCCUUAUCCAGGCCUCCCCUCAAGGCCCUUGCUCCUGCUGCAGUCCCUUCUGAAGGGCCCUCCCCUUUCUUCCCAACUCCACAUUUUCAAAGUCUUCAAGAUCUGACUCAGACUUCCCGGAAGGUAUCCCUGAUCAUGUCUGAGCUCACCCAGACACACUGCCUGUGCCCCCCAUUUAUAGCCAUCUCUCCCCUUUCCUGCCUUUUUUAAUUCCCCCUGGUAUCUGGCUUGGGUGGCUGUAAUAGCUAGAAUCCAGGUUUGCCAAUUUAACAAAAUUCAUAAAUAAUGGUGGUCGAAACCAAAACAAAGUUGGUUUCUUCAGUAAUGUCCAAGCAUAAACAGACCAGGCAAAACAGCUGCUCCCUGGUAUGGAGACCAAGGAUUCUCUGAUCAUGUCCCUGCCAGGUCCACAUCCCAAGCAGCAAGACCAGAGACAAGGCCAUGAAAGGGAGCAUAACAUGCUCUUUUAAGGACACAGCUAGGAAUUUGCCCACAUCACCUCUCAUUGGCUGGAAUGUGUCACAUGGUCAUACCUGGCUACAAGGACGGCUGGGAAAUGUAGUCUUUAUUCUGGCAGUAAUGUCCCGAGAUGAAAAGGUGUACUAGAGAAACAAAGGUGACUAUCAGCAGAUACUGGAACUGUAGUUUCCACCUCAUAGAUGCAGCCUCUCCCUUGCUCUGUGCGACACCUGAAUUCAAUUCGCAGCUGAAACAGUACUUUUGUGUCACCUCUUGCAGCAGGGCAGCGUAAUGGAGUGCAGUCAUUCUCAGGAAGAGGGGACUUUGCCAUCCAGGGGCAUUUGGCAAUGUCUAGAGACAUUUUGGUUGUCACGAAUUGGGGGUCACCCUCUAGCGGCUAGAGGUGAGGGAUGCUGCUGCGUAUAUCAGUGUGAUGCCCAGGGCGGCCCCCACAGCAGAGCUGUCUGGGCUGAAGUACCGGCCGAGUCCAGGUUGUGAAGCCCUGAUGUAGGGGAGCAUGCAUUCCCUGGAGUCACACGCACCCGACUGCUGGUCCUGAGGCCCCCACCCCUCCCUGUGAGCCCUCAGUGACUAAUCAGUCACCUCACCCGUUGAAACUUGGAGGAUUACGCAUAGGCUGCUCUGCGCUGUGUAAGAACCAGCAUAAUUCAGCAUUUGCUGGGGACUUAUUGUGCAUCAUGUUCACUGUGCCGCUCAGGACGUGUGAGCCCCCUUUCUUUUCUCUUUCCGCGUGAACAUUUACUGGUACCUACUAUGUGGGGAAGUGGGUUAGUCUAGAACAUUUUCAUCAUAACAACAGAAAAGCAGGUUGAGCAAGCCUAAGACAAUGAGGACACUAAUUUUGUGUAAGAAUCAUCGAAUUACCAGACACCAGAAAGCACAGACAUGGUAGGGUAAAUAAUAUCUCACACACAUGCACACACACACACACACAAAGAUUCCACGUCCUAAUUCCUGGAAUCUGCGAGUGCUACCUUAUAUGGAAAAAAAGGACUUUGCACCUUUUCAUGGCACUUUAAAAUGGCAUUUCAUAUACAUACAUAUAUCAGUCCCAACCUUGCUGAUUGGGCUCAACAUUGGAGAUGUGAUUAAGGAGCUUGAGAUGCACCUGGCUGGUUGUGGCUCAGUAGAUUGAGUACCAACCUGCAAACCAAAAGGUCACAGGUUUGAUUCCCAGUCAGGGCACAUGCCUGGGUUGCAGGCCAGGUCCCCAGCUGGUGGGGGUGUGAGAGGCAACCACACAUUGAAGUUUCUCUCCCUCCCACCCUUUCCCUCUCUCUAAAGAGAAAUAAAUAAAUAAAGUCUUUUUUAAAAGAAUUUUAGAAAAGGAUCUUGAGAUGCAGCAGUUUUCCUGGAUUACCCAGGCAGCCCCUCAAUGCAAUCACAAGUAUCCUGAUGAGGUAGAAUCGCAGAGAGACUUGACCCAGAAGAAGAGAAGGAAGCAAUGUGACCUCAAAGGCUGAGACAGCAGCCACAAGUUAAAGAUUGCCGGCAGCCGCCCACAGAAACUGGGAGAAGUGAGGAACAGAUCCCCCAGCACCUCCCGAGGGAGCAUGGCCCACUGACACCUGGAUUCCAGCCCCACGGUACUGAUUUCAGACUUUGGGUCUCCAGACCUAUGACAGAAUAAAGGUCUGUUGUUUGAAACCA